AUGCACCAAGUCCCGGCGCCGGGGGUGCACCAAGUUGCGGCGCCGCAAGUGCUCCAAGUUGUGGCGCCGCAGGGAAUGUUAGGUUCAUUAGGAAAUCUCCUAAUGACACUACAAAGGGAAUGGUCUGUUGAUAAGAUUUCCAAUGGUCAGGCCGGUACAGCUGCUUUUCUUGUCUGGCUGGAAAUGUUAGGUUCAUUAGUAAAUCUUCUAAUGACAUUACAAGGGUUUGAUUUUCAAUGCUUAGGCCAGUACAGCAGCUUUUCUUGUUCAGCCACCACUAACCUAAUGUGGGCAAAGAAUACUGCCAUGAAACCAAUCCCAGAUGAAUAUGAGACAUUCUAUAGAAUUAACACAUGUGGUCCUAGUGUCAUUAGUUUAGCACAACUCGGCGCCGAGGAUGCACCAAGUCGCGGCGCCGAGCGAUGUUUCUCGGCGCUUAACGAGACGGUGCGGCGCCGAGGCUUGGUGCACCUGCGGCGCCACAACUUGGAGCACUUGCGGCGCCGCAACUUGGUGCACCCCCGGCGCCGGGACUUGGCUAGAAAGCUCAUUUAUGGUGCUUUUGAAGCAUGGGCAUGGUUUAUUCCAUAUGAUCGGCCGGUAUAUGACCUCCGGCCGGUAUAUGAGCUCUGGGUGGUGCAUUGA